CCGGCGCUUCAGUCUCCACUGGAGCAUCACACUGCGUGGAUCGUUGGUUCGAAUAUCUCCUUGCGGAUAAUUCUAAUCGGUCGUGAUAGGGAUCAUCCGUGUUAUCAUUUUCGGAGUAGUUCCUCUUCCGCGAAUACGCGGGACAUUGAGCGCGUGUAGUGACACGACAAUUGAUCUGGUGACCUGGUGACGUUCGCGAGAUAAGUGGUAUUAUACAAAAAGCCCGAUUGAUCCGCGGCGACGAAGAUGAUGCACGCGAUGAGCGAACAUCCCGGCGUCGGCGUGCUGCCGUUCGACGGGAUGGGCCUGUACGAACAACCACGGCCGACUCGGCUCGUCUUCAAGAUGCCGCGCGUCGUGCCCGAUCAAAAGUCCAAGUUUGAGAGCGACGAGCUCUUUAGGAGAUUGAGCCGCGAAAGCGAGGUGAGAUACACGGGCUACAGAGAUCGGCCGAUGGAGGAGCGGCAAGUACGAUUUACAAAUGGCUGUCGGGAGGGCCACACGGAGAUCGCGUUUGCAGCGACGGGCACCAACCUUCAGUUGGUUUUUGGUAACGCAUCCGGGAAUUACGCCGUUGAUCCCUGCGAUUGUGAUUUCGACAAAGAACAUGGCAAGGUGCACCUACGUUCGCACCUCAUUAUGAACGGCGUGUGCGUGAGGUGGCGCGGGUGGAUCGAUUUGGAGCGACUGGACGGAGUUGGUUGCCUCGAGUACGACGAAGAGCGCGCCGCCGAGGAAGACGUACUGCUACGCGAUCAGAUCGAGCGUUACAAUCAAAGGAUUCGUGACUUCGAUGAGAAGCAGCGGGCGUACCGGAGCGGCGCGGCCGCGGCGGCUGCACAGCCGCCCCAUCUCAACCAUCACUAUCACCACGACACGCAUCACGCCGCCAGUCACCAUCAUCACCAUCACGGACACCACAGCCGGCACGUGGGUGGUGCGGGCGCCACCGGCGCCACCGCCACCGGCAUCGAGCCGCACUUGCCGCACCGCCAGGAUCCCGAGAUAGAAGUGCGGCUGCGGGCCUACUGAGGCUCGCGCGAGUCCUGCCGGUCUACCAUCCCAAAUGAUCGAUAACGAGUCUCGAUCUUGUUUAGGUCCUACUCUUGAUCUUGGUCUUGGCAACGUCGAUGGGUAAAUGGAAACAAAAUUUGCGCAAACCGCGCUCGGAGAAAUGAUCCUCGCCUGUUCUGCGGCAUAGAUGAGCGCGUAGAUCGAUUAAUGAAUGACACAAAUGAUGCUACCCUUGCAUUCUACCGAAUCUGUCGCGAUCGAAACUGGAUUUUUCAUCGCUUGUGUAGACAUAUUAUUCGAUGCCGCGAUAUUUCAAGUUAUGUUAAGAAAGCAAAAAUUAUUAUUUAUUUAAUAAUGUAGCCAAGCAAACGUGAUUAAAUAAAUAAUCAAUUUUACUCAUUUUUUUAAAUAUAAUAAAACAGAUUUAUUUUUAUUAAUAUUUCCUACUUAAAAAAAAGAGUCUUGAAAAUAUGCCGCUUUUUAUAUCGAGUAUUCAUAAUGCUUAUAUUAUCAAUCCAGGGCUGAUAAUAUAGAUUUAUCCCGACAUAACGAUAGAGAAAAAUCUGAAUUAUAUCCGAAUAAAUGAAUCUUUAUGCAUUUUUAUAUUCGGUAAAAUGUCUCGUCGCAUUUGCUUACAGCGAGAUUUAUCUUGGAUACAUAAUUGCCAUUGCUAAGUUUGAUGGGAAGCUUUGUCUCACGAUAAUUCUCGCAGCAUCGGUGAUAGUCGGUCUUCACCGAUAUUCGCAAUUAAUUUUAGCCACAAAUAUAACUGCAGCUAAUUAAUUCGCGAAUAACUUGUUAUUUCUCUUCAACAUUUUAGUUAACUGCGACUGAUUGUUGUAAAAAAACAUCUUUUUCAAUCUCGUGAGUUCUGCGCGAUAAACUCUAAAAUGAAGGAGAUCGAAAAACAUUGCAUGCAUCAUUUUGUCAUCACAAUGAUAAAAAAACAGCAUAUCUCUGAGAUACUAAUCGAUCGCUCGAAGGUUGAAGCAUUCGUAAUGUCUAUACUUUGUGCGUAUUCUACGAAUUUUCACAAUGUUACAUAAUCGUCACAUUGAAAAGAACACCAUUCGUUUUAGGAUGAUAGCAUUAUCGUAGAAUUUCUGCGAUUUACACGAAACUUUUAAUACAACUCGCACAAAGAUUUACAAGACUUACAAGAUUACAAUAACGAAUGUGGCAGAACAGGCAGUUUCGCGUACUUUGCGUCAAAAAGUACUGCUAUAUACUUGACGUCUCUUUAAGGAGAAAAUUUUGAUAUUAUCUCUAAUAUUUCUUAUUUCUUUGCACAUUUUUUGAUGACACCAAUCAUAUGAAUACUGCCCGAUUUAUUUUUACAUUCAAAUAUGUAAUAAAUCUUUUUUUAACAAUGAACAAAAAAGCAGAACCAAAAACGCGAAUAUUUUGUUGUUUAUUCUUGAAAGAUCACGUUAAAAUACUAUAAUUUAUUAAAUAUAAUUGUAUAUUUUUUAAUUUAAUAUAAUAUUUUCUCUUUCAAUCUCGAUGUUGUCAUGAAACAAACUUGAAAGACGUCUGAUUAUAUUUUUGAAGAGAUAGACGAUUCUUUGUGUCAUGAUUGCUGAAACAAAACGAUGAUCUCUAUUUAUAUCUUAAGUUCACCGAAAGAAUUAUACCUUUAUUCGUCUUCCAUUGCGAAGAGACGAGAUCGUCGCGUCUCCUUUCACCGGUGAGAGCGAUCAUCGCGAAUAUAUCGCGUUUAAUGAGAGAGACGGCCGUGAUGAUGAUCGUUGCGUCAUCGAACGGCGGCUGGUCAUUGACGAAAUACAUGAAUCACGACGAUUCCCGGGCGCACGGCCGUAUGAUGAGUCAGUGUGGAACGUUACGUCUGCUUACGUUUUACCUUUUAAGUUGAGUAAUGUGAUCGUCGCUGAAAACAUUUUUUGUUACAUUGUACAUAUUUGUAAAGAGUUUAUAGAUUAAAGAUAUCAUUUGCGAAUUUCGACGACCGUAAUCAACACUUCGUCCUUCUCCUGCACAAAACCUGCAUAACGACGGAGAAUACUAAGAUUACCGAACGACAUAUAGUUUAUGUAUUUCGGUCGUAUCAGUAGAUAUUGUAUGUAAUCUAUUAAAUUUCUUCAUAUUAUGUGAUACGAAGCGAUUGUCAUAAUUCUAAUUGUUCUAUCGAUAUUUGAAGAAACUCGUGAUAUGUAUUAUAAUUAAUACAAAUAAUAUCAAGAUUUUUAAGGA